GUUCCACCUGGUCAACCCGUCUGUUUCCUGAGAAACCGAGCAACAACGGCAAGAAAGGAAAAGUGACAAAAAAAACAAGCGCCAGAACGGGCGUUCGAGUUCUACGCGGUCUGCGCACACAUUGAACGAUCGGCGCAUUUCUUGCUCCCUCGAAGUCAUGGCACUGAGGGCAACUGUCCUGCGCUUCCCGAUUGACCCUGACGCCCAGGAGGGUUCCGGUUUACCAUGGGGAGUGACGGUGACGCCUUUCGCGGCCAAGGACGAAAACGGUCAAGCUCCAGUUUAUGGAUCUGACGGGCACCUCUUGCCCCGGUGUGAGAACUGCUGGGCAUACUUCAAUACUUACUGCGAGCUUGAACAGUGGUCAUGGAGUUGCUCACUCUGCGGCACCCUCAAUGGCCUUUCAUCCAAGGCUAUUACUCGAUACUCUCGCCCACAGUCCUGUGCCGAGAUGAUGUCCUCCUUCAUAGAUCUUGAAUUACCGGAGGAACCAUCAGAGGAAGCAGCAAUGCAUGCUCGUCCAGUCUAUGUUGCUGCUGUUGACUUGACCUCUUCAGAGGAGUUUCUAGAUCUCAUUAAAAGUGCCUUGCUGGCAGCUUUGGAAGCUCUUGCUCCUGGUUCACUUUUUGGGCUUGCUACCUUCAGCCACAAAUUAGGGUUGUAUGAUGUUCAAGGUCCUAUACCUGUUGUAAAAAAUGUUUUUAUCCCUCCCGAUACAGAGGGAACCUUAUCAAUUGAGCUUGAAGAUGUCAUGCCUUUGUUACAGUUUUUGGCUCCUGUGGAAACUUGUAAGGAGCGUAUUGCAUCUGCCCUUGAAACACUUAGACCAACAACUUCAUGGGAGAGAACUACAGCAGCAGGUCAAGGACUGGAUGGUGUUCUGAUAGGCGGGCGUGGUUUUGGGGUCGCAAUGGAAGCUCUUUUCAAUUACCUUGGAUCUGAAUAUGGAAACACCUUUGCUUUAGCUAGAGUUUUUGCCUUCUUGUCUGGUCCUCCUGAUUAUGGAGCUGGACAAUUGGAUACUAGAAGAUAUGGAGAGCAAUAUGCCAGCAAACGAGAGGAUGCAGACCGUGCCUUACUCCCUGAGCAGACACCAUUCUAUAAAGAUCUGGCUGCUGUUGCUGUUCAAGCAGGUGUCUGUGUGGACAUAUUUGCUGUAACAAAUGAGUACACAGAUUUGGCAUCCCUAAAGUUCCUGAGCAUUGAAAGUGGGGGUUCUUUAUUAUUAUAUACAAGUAUUGAGGAUUCAACUUUGCCCCAGGACAUGUAUCGGAUGCUGAGUAGGCCAUAUGCUUUUGGUUGUGUACUACGAUUAAGAACAUCAACUGAAUUUAAACCUGGUCAUUCUUAUGGUCAUUUUUUCCCAGAUCCCCAAUAUGAAAAUGUUCAGCACAUCAUUUGUUGUGACUCAUACGCCACAUAUGCUUAUGAUUUUGAGUUUGAGAACAACGUUGGGUUUUCAAGGCAUGCAUCAGAAGUUCCUACGCUUCAGAUUGCAUUUCAAUACACAGUAGUGGUUCCUCCUGAGGAACUUUCCAGUUCAGGAACGACUUCUACUAGUAGAACCAAGCAUUCCCUUAAGCGUCGAUUGAGGAUUCGGACUUUGCAGUUCAGUGUUGCUCAGAACAUGCAUGAACUUUAUGAUAGUGUUGAUCCUGAAGUUGUGCUAUCUUUGCUUGUUCACAAGGUCAUAUUAGCUUCUUUGAAGGAAGGAGUUCGGGAGGGCAGGAUGUUACUUCAAGAUUGGCUAGUGCUCCUUACAGCCCAGUAUAAUGAUGUUCAUAAACUUGUUCAGUAUGGGAGUGGAAGUUCCUUAAGUUCUCAGAUUGAUGUUUCAUUCUCCCAAUGUCCACAACUGCAGCCUCUUCCCCGCCUAAUUUUUGCUCUCCUUCGUAAUCCUCUUCUUCGCUUUCAUGAGGAAGGCAUUCAUCCAGACUACCGCAUCUAUUUGCAAUGUCUUUUCAGUGCUCUGGAGCCAAGUUCCCUCCACCGAGCUGUGUAUCCAGUGUUGACUUCAUAUUCUACUCCAGAUAAACAAGCAUAUCCACGCCAUUCCUUGAGUCGUGCUGCACUAAUUACCAGUGGCAGUCCAAUAUUUUUCCUUGAUGCGUUCACAACUCUGAUUGUGUUUUACUCUUCAACUGCAGACCCAUCACUUCCUUUCCCUCCUCCCCAUGAUUGUUUGUUAAGGACUACGAUCAAUAAAUUGAAGCAAGAGAGAUGCAUCACUCCCAAGCUCAUAUUUAUCCGGGGAGGACAAGAUGAUGCCUCAAUUUUUGAAAACUUUCUGAUCGAGGAACAGGAUGUUGAUGGAAGCGGUCUCACGAGUGUAAUGGGUUUUGUUUCCUUUCUUGAAGGUAUUACGCAUGAUGUGUUAGAAUACAUGAAAUAGAGCUCUUUCCUCAAUGUAGUGGGUGAUCACAAGUACAAGAAAUAUUUCCAAGGUAGCAUUCGUUUUUGGAAGAAGGAUCAAGCACAUAGUAUCUGCUUCUUUCCGCUAGAAAGCCCAUUUCGAAUCACAUUUAUAGUAGAUGAUAGUUGUUGUACAUUAAGAUAUAUCUUUUAUGUUUUCUUUGUAAACCUUUCUUUGGGAAUCUAUGUUUUUGUUGCAAGAAAUAGAAUUGUUCUUUAGUUAAA